AAAUACAGUAUAACUUCAACAUUCCAAGCUCUCGCAAGCCUGAGUAUUUGCUUGACAAGAAGAGAUGCUAUCUCUUCAUGUCCUCCCCCAAUUAUCUUCCAUUCAAAAACCUAUUUUCACCUCAACCCAAUUUCCCAAAAGCCCUAAUUUCCCAGUCCUCAAACCCACCACACACACCCACUUCACCUCUCUUUCCAAAACCCCAAAUUUCUUAGGGUUUGAGCUACAAACUCACAGAACCCACUUCCAAAAACUCUGUUGCUAUGCUUUUAAGGACUCUGGAGAAGAUACCAAUGUUGUUCUAGAGUCUGAUAGUGGAGGAGGAGGAGGAGGAGGUGGUGGUGGUGGUGGUGGUGAAGGUGGGGACGAGGGGCAGGCUGGGAAGAAGAGUGGGGGUUCUGGGCCUUUGCCAGAAUGGGUGAAUUUCACUUCUGACGAUGCGAAGACGGUUUUUGCGGCACUGGCGAUAUCGCUGGCGUUCCGGUCAUUUGUGGCCGAGCCGAGGUACAUUCCUUCGUUGUCCAUGUAUCCUACAUUUGAUGUCGGAGAUCGAAUUGUUGCAGAAAAGGUUUCAUACUAUUUCAGAAAGCCGUGUGCAAAUGAUAUAGUUAUAUUUAAAAGUCCACCAGUCCUUCAAGAAGUAGGAUAUACUGAUGAAGAUGUCUUUAUCAAACGAGUGGUUGCCAAGGGAGGUGACGUAGUGGAGGUUCGUAAAGGAAAGCUUGUAGUUAAUGGGGUUGAGAGAAAUGAAAACUUCAUCUUUGAAUCGCCUUCUUAUGAAAUGAAACCAAUUCGAGUACCGGAGAACUAUGUGUUUGUGAUGGGUGACAACCGGAAUAAUAGUUACGAUUCACACGUAUGGGGUCCACUGCCAGCCAAGAAUAUAAUAGGAAGAUCAGUACUUAGGUAUUGGCCCCCAAACAGGGUAGGUGGCACAGUUCUUGAGGCUGGCUGUGCUGUUGACAAGCAGGAGAGCAGUCCAGUGACUGAAUAAUUGGAUUAUGACUUUUGUGCUUAUCCUUUUGUUGCCUCUUUUGGUAUCUCCUUUCAUUGUGCACAACCACAUUCUUCACCUUCCAAUUUCCUUUAAUGCCUGUUGUAUAAAAGGAAAAGCUUGAUAUUUGUAUUUUGAUGGGCUUAUUUUUUUUCAAAAGCCCUAAUUAUCAAUCUUAGAUGAUGUAAAUUUGCAUUGAA